CCCGAUUGACCGUGCAGCAUCGACCCUGCUGGUCGAGCGUGCGCCCCGAAUCCACCCCCGCCGACUCGAAGUCACGCCAGUGGACGGCACAGUCCGCACCCAAUCCAGACCACCAUGACGUCUCGAAAAACACAACAAGAGAUCGAGAAGACCUUCAAGAAGGUAACUGAAGGGAUUCAGGUCUUCGAAGGCAUCUACGAAAAGAUCAAACAAGCUACCAAUCCCACCCAGCGCGAUAAGCUCGAAGAGAAUCUCAAGCGCGAAAUCAAGAAGCUUCAAAGGUUCCGUGAUCAAAUCAAAUCAUGGGCAUCUGGAAAUGAAGUGAAAGAUAAAGGCCCGUUGCUCGAGCAGCGAAAGGCGAUUGAGACGUGUAUGGAGCAGUUCAAGGCCGUGGAGAAGGAGAUGAAGACGAAAGCCUACUCCAAAGAAGGUCUAUCCGCCGCGUCACGACUCGACCCGAGAGAAAAAGAGAAGGUGGAGGCCAGCGACUUCUUGUCUAAUAUGGUGGACGAAUUGCAACAACGCAUCGAGGCCAUGGAAGCAGAGGAGGAAAUAUUGCAGGCGCAAUUGAAAAAGGGCAAGAAGGACACGAAGAAGGCGGAUCGGAUGGCCGACAUUGCGCAUGUAACGGAGCGCCAUAAGUGGCAUGUCAACAAGCUCGAAUUCCUCAAUCGGUCGCUGCAGAACGGCAACCUGGAGGUUGGUCAGGUGCAAGAUUUAAAGGAGAGCAUCAAGUACUACGUUGACGAAGGGCACAAUGUCGACUACUCCGGAGAAGACGAAACACUCUAUGACGACUUGAAUAUCGGUGACGAUGUCGAGGCCCAGUUCGGCAUUGGCGCAGACAACGAUCAUGGGUCUUCUCAGGAUGCUCAAUCUAUUCAGGAUGAGGAGCCAGAACCAAAGCCCAAGCCGAAGGCAGACCCGACGAUGAAUCGACGCCCCUCGACUCAAAUGAAGUCUCCGCUCCCUGUCCUCGCUACUCUCCAUCCGUCCGUGUCGUCCAGUGUCACCCCGGGCAUGAAGCCCGCGCCGCUUCCCACUCGCCUCCCCGGCGAGACGCUCAAGUAUGCCUCUGCCGCAGCGGCCGCAGCGGCAAGCGACAAGAGCGGAGUUGGUAUUUUACCUCUGCCACCGCCCCCUGGUACCAGUCCAGCCUUUUCGGCCGCACUCCCCGUCUCCAGGGCUUCCUCGACUGCAUCACCCAGUGUUGCUUCCAUACAACCUGUUGCCAAGAGUGCCACGGCCGCGGCCGUGGCUGCGUCGUCUGAAGAGAUCGUUACCGGACGAUCGAAGACCCCUGCCGGUAUGGUUUCUGGAGCAGCAUCACCUGAGCCUUCCAAGGCAGAGGUUACCAAAGAGACACCGACAACGAACGGCAAGACGCCGACAGAUGGUGAAAGCGAAGAGGCGAUAUUCCAUCUGCCACCGGGUUUGCAAGAUUUGAUCCAAUCAUUCGAUGUGACCAAGGAACGGGCAGGGACGAACCCUUCACCGGCGAUCCAGCGUCUUCUUGCAAGCUCGCUCACGACAUGUCCGGAGCCCGGUGAUGCUGAGAAGCCCCGUCAUUACAAGCCCCAGAACCCUUACAACACCCCCCUCUACUACCCCCAGGAGCCGUUAUCCAUCUUCGACGACCCCCGACUGUACGAUACGGGCCGGAUUGACACCGACACAUUGUUUUAUCUCUUCUACUACCGUCAAGGGUCAUAUCAGCAAUAUAUGGCUGCAAAGGCUCUUAAGAACCAAAGUUGGCGCUUCCACAAGCAGUACCAAACAUGGUUCCAGCGACACGAAGAGCCGAAAAACAUCACGGAGGAAUUUGAGCAAGGCACCUACCGGUUCUUCGACUACGAGAGUACAUGGAUGAACCGGCGCAAGGCUGAUUUCAAGUUUGUGUACAAAUACCUCGAGGACGAGUUAUGAUGCGUUCUUUCAACAUGGGGCACCAGGGCGUAGUCGUCUUUUCGUUUCCCACGCUUUGACAGCCUGGGUGGAAUAGUGGCAUUGUGUCAUGGGGGACCUCGGGGAGUUUAGUUUCUGUUUUCUGUGUUUGCAAGUACUGGCAUCGGGCAACGAGUACAAUGAAAUGGGCCUCAGGGACACGGGAGUUCUGUGCUAUUUUAGUUGAUCCCUGUCAAAUGAACCAGCCUCAACAACCCUUCCAAGA